AUACUUCAAAUACGAAGUUGUAGUAAAAGCGUAGACUCUGUUGUGAAAAUUCAAUAAUGUAGGAGGAAAGAUUAAAAAUACUAUUUGUUUUAAGUGUUUAGAAAAAUUUAUAAAAGCAAAGUAAACUUUAAGUGGUGUGCAUUUACAUGUCAAAAAUAAUGUCGAAGGAAAAGGUCGAAAAUCUUGAAAACAAACAUGCCGAACACUGGGCAGGUGACAGUGGUAAAGGCAGAUUAGAUAUGUGUCCUGAAUCUGAUUGUAAGGCCAGCUCUGAUGCUUCGAAAAGCAAUGUUGAUCGUGGAGGGGGAUAUAUUGAAACGACACAAAGUGCUGAGAGAGAAGUAAUGGGUGCUUGCUCAUCAAAUGUAUUAUGCGAGAAUGAAGAAUACCCAUUACACAAAAGAGUUUUUCAAGGUGAUUUUAAAAGCUUGGCAAGAUUUCUUCAACGGCCUCCAAAUAGCUGGCGAACGCAAGACGAAAUCGGUUGUAAAGAUAAACAUGGAAACACGCCCUUACAUCUUGCAGUCAUGUUGGGAAGAAAAGAGUGUAUUAAUUUGCUGUUAUCUCAUGAUGCCCCCGUAAAAGUAAAAAACAAUGAAGGAUGGUCGCCACUUGCUGAAGCAAUUAGCUACGGAGACCGACAAACUAUUUCCGCUGUGCUGUGUAAACUUAAACAACAGUCCCGUCAGCAUAUGGAAACUCGUCGCGCUAAAUUAGUUCGUGCUCUUGAGCAAAUGAAAGACUUUUACAUGGAACUCAAAUGGGAUUUUGCUUCAUGGGUUCCACUUGUAUCCCGUAUGUUGCCGUCCGAUAUCUGUCGUAUUCACAAGUCAGGAGCCACCUUACGCCUUGACACAACAUUGGUAGAUUUCAAUGAUAUGCGUUGGGAGAGGGGUGACAUUUCUUUUAUUUUUCGUGGUGAUCGACCGCCUCAUGAAUCAUUAACAGUUUUAGAUAACGAAUAUGAAUGUUAUCAGCACGUUCGAUACGAAGAUACAGAUAUCGAAGACGAAGUCGAUGUACUAAUGUCAACGGAUAUUUUAGCUGCUCAAAUGUCAACGAAAAGCAUACAGUUUGCUCGAGCUCAAAGCGGUUGGAUUUUCCGCGAAGAUCGAAAAGAAUUAGUCAGCGGACAAUACCAAUGCGAUUUAUAUUCGAUACAGGGUCUUAUUUUAAAACAACGUAAGAGACGAGAGCAUCUUUCACAUGAAGAUCUCCAAAAAAAUAAGGCUAUUGUUGAUACAAUAACACGUGGUGGUCGUCGUGCUAGCUUAACAAGUGCAAACGGUGAGGGUGGAUUAAAUGGGGAUUCAAUAAAUGGCUCUACAACAGAAAUGCCUCGAAGAAGUUCAUUACAACCUCCGCCUCCGCCAACCAUUACAUGGGAAGAGUAUAUUAACACGCCAAUUGGUAAAUGCCCACAUUUGGGACGACCACCAGUACAUAAGCAGUCAAACAAGUCUAUACGGGCCACAGUAGCAAUGAGUAAAGAUUUUCCCCUUAGCGUCGAAAUGUUAUUAAAUGUGUUGGAAGUAAUCGCUCCCUUUAAACACAUUAAUAAAUUGCGCGAGUUUAUUACACUUAAAUUACCAAGUGGGUUCCCCGUCAAAGUAGAGAUACCAGUUUUACAUACUGUGACAGCGAAAAUAACUUUCCAAAAAUUUGAAUUUCGCGAUAACAUACCGGCAACACUAUUUGAUGUACCGUCACAUUAUGUGGAAGAUGCUCGUCGUUUCCCAGAUUUAUGACCGGCAACAGCUCAGCACCAUCAAACGACGGAAAGUGUCGAUUUAAACCGCAAUGCUACCAGCGACAUCAGAACUAAGAAACAUGCCACUUUUAAUGAAAUAGACUAGUGUACAUUGGAGACAAAUAAAAAGCUGUGAUCAUCGCAAUGAUGCAUCAUUAAUAACAUCACUAAAAUAUUCUGAUGUUAAUUAGUCUCCUAUUAUUUCAAUAUAAUAGUUCCAAAAAAAUUGUAUUAAAUACAAUUAUCAUUCAAUGCAUUUACAUUAUUUGAUUGUAGUGCAUUAUUACGCACUUCUGCGAUAAGAAGUAUAGUAUGCACGAUAUAACUAUGUAUUCAAAAAUGUACAUAUGUGUUAUAUGUAUAUGCAUGUAUGUAUGUACAUACAUGUUAUUUUAAAACAUAAUUUAUACCUUUAUCUUAUUUUUUGACUACCAACCUUUACUUACUGAAUAAUUGUGUAUGUCAUAGGCUCAAACAAUGUAACUGACAUUGUAAUUAUUGCGUGAAUUUUAUUUAUUUGAGAAGUGUGAUUUGAAAUUGAGAAAAAGUCAGAAUAUUUUCACACGAAUAACUUGCAACUAAGUUUCAUUACAAACAUUUCAAAGUAAGCUGACAUGUAUGUAUACGAUUUUAUAAUGUUGGUAUAUUAUUAGCUAAUACUAACGCUUUAAACAAUUUGAAUCCCAUUGUGCAAAUCCUUUUGUAUAGUACGUAAGUUAUAGUAAAUGCUUGUGUUUAAAACAGUAUGUUGAAAUAUUGAUGAAAUUUUUGUAAGUUUCAUAUCGUUUUUAUGUGUAAACAAAUCCAAUUAUGUACAUAUAUGCUUGUUUUUUUUUAUUUAAAAUUAAAACAUAUAUAUUAUUGUUAUCAAACGUUAAUGAUAAAAUCAAAAAUACCUGCAUUCAGUUAGUUCCUUGGAGGCAUGUAUAUACGUAUGAUUUUAUAUACGUGUAAACUGUUUGGAAAAUAUCAAUACACUGCUUGAUCGUUGACAUACCUUCCCACCUAUUAAAGAAGUAUUCAUAUUUGCUGUAAUUUAUAUUUCUUAUUUAUUACAUCAAAGUAAAAUUAGCAAGACCUCAUGAUAUAUUAAGUAGAUUUUUCUAUUGUGUAAAUGUUCAAAUUUUCUGUGUGUUAGUAUUUUCUGUUAUAGAAUUUUAAUAAAUUGAUGUUAAUAGUAACUAUGUACAUUUUCAUAUGAAAUUAAAUCCGAACAUAAAAUAAAUGACAAACUUUAAAAAUUUGUAUAUGCUAUGUAAUUAAACAAAAUUAAUUAAAUCUAUUUUUACACAUAGCACGUGCAUCCAAAGAUAUGACUAUAUUGCAUUUCUUAACUUGCAUCACUUUUUUUUUUUAAAUAAGUCAAAAAAUGUUGCUAAUUAAUUAUAAAUACAAAAUAAUCAAAACUAUAAAGUUUUUGUUCAAAAGUUCCAACAAAAACCCAGAAGGAAUUUCAAAUCAGAGGUAAACUAUGCUAACGUAUUUUUAUUUAUUAAAAUAUAUAACUGGGCACAUUUAUAGUAUUAACACAAAGCCUCAAAUAUUAUUUGUUAGAUCUUAAAUAGUCAAAGCAAAACAAAAAAAAAUUGGAAAAACCGGAAUGGCUGCCAUAUAUAUGUAUAUACAUAUAUAACUAUUAACAUACGCUACAGCAAUUAUUUGUAUUAUGUCCAAUUCACUAUUUGAUAACUAAGAUUAACAGCAAAAAGAAUCAGAUAAAAAAAAUCUAUAUCGAGUAUUAUGAACAGUUUAGUAACUUUAUAUCAAAAAAUAUUGAACGUUUUAUACUUAAAAAUAAAGUUGAGUGCACCAUCAUCACUCCUGUAUAUACUUUCUAUACAAGCACAAUCAUGAUGAAAUUUACAUUUUAAAUCAUUGCCAUGAAUACAUACUAUAAAAUAAUAAAGUGUUGUAAAGGCAGCAAAAUAAAUGCUGAAAGAACUUCAACCACUGCUUCGUAUUUUAAUGUUUACGAUUUAUCCACAAUAACAUUAUUUUUAAGACAUCAGUCCAGACUUAUUUAAAAAUUAUUUAGCACUUUAAUUGUUUGUGCACCUACAUAUAUUCAUACAGUAUGUCUCAAACAUUCGUUUAAUUUACUUUUAAGGACAAUGUAAAAUAUUUGAUUAUACACAUGUAUAAGAUAUGUAACAAAUACAGAACCUUCUAAGAAAAA